UACUUCCUCAGCGUCGUGAUUUGGCCGAGGCCUUACUUUAAGGGCGCCAUGCACACACUUUCAGUAGUGAUCUUUGUGAUGAUGUCUUUCUACCUUUUCGGGCUCGCAACAAUGUUUUGGGCGACGCCUUAUUAUUUAGGUUGUUUGAUUUGCAGCCAUGACACCAAUAACUUAGCUAGCAGGCUUUCCAUGGUACUACUUGCCUUGACUACAACGUUUUGCCCGUGGCCUGCCACAUGGUGCAUUAUUAUCGUAGUGCGUGCCUGUUGUUCUUUUUUACCCCGGUGUAAUUGGCUCCUCUAAGGCAGUGAUUGAUUCCUUAGCGCAUGGGGCGCUCAUGGGCAAGGGCGCGGGCCCUUACCUCUGGGCCCCCGCCGUUGAUUCUAUGCCGGCUGAUGCAUGCGAUAGCCGCCGCUUGCAUGAUGGGACCUCGGACAUUCAUUUGCUUUUUGUGCACCACAUACGCGCUUGAAUUAGGUUCGGGCGAGGCGUCAUGCGCUGUCGACGCCGUCGCCUCUACCAUUUCUCCACGCCGCUAACAGCUACCAUUCGGGCCGCCCCUCAACGAGUUCGAUGCAGGAGUGACCAUAUGGGGCCUGCGCCAUGGCGUCGUCGCCGGCCAUGUUCAUGAUCUGUGUGGUGGAUGGGGUCAGCAACUUGAUUGAGAUCUUUUCCUUCUUCCACAUAUUUAAAUAUUUCCUGCUUUCUCAGACUGGCUCCAUCGCUGUUUCGACCCAGUUCUCUAGGUCCGUGGCAGUGGCCAUUGCUACGUUCACCGCGUUUUCUGUGAUCAAUGACGAAUUAUGCAUCGUCAUGACCGUCAUCUACGCCACAUUGUCGUCAAUCAACGCAGGAAGAGCAAGGCCUCAUUCGCUCGCCGAGAAGCGCGCGCGGAGGGCGCUGCCCACUUUGGCUGCCCUUGAGGAGAGGCGCAACCGAGUCAACCGUCCAAUCGCCACCGACCCACAGCCUAUGCAUUACCAGGUUCUGGAGAGGAUCGCCAAUACCAUGGAUGACUGUACCGCAUCCGUCGAGGAGACGCUGGCUGCCCAUGCUGCACCGAUUUCCCUCGAUGCGACUCAGGGGAACAUGGCGACUUCGCUCCCAGACAUGCUCGAGAAGGCCGUCGCCGAUGAUUCAGUCGUCUCUGAGCUCGCGGGGUGGAACGCCGACGCGCCUGUCGGUGCUGUCGAUGCGCAGUCAACGAUCACUGACUGCGUGGCCGCGACCCAAGUUAUUUCAGGGGCACCUAACACGCUCGCGACUAACACUCUCAUCAGCACGGACUUUGAGACUGGCCGCGAGACUUUCACGGCACAUGUCUUGGUGAGCGAUAUCACCAAGGAGACCCCGGAGUCGUUGAAGACGCAGUAUACCAUCGUAUACUCGAUGAGGAGAGGCGCGAAGGUGGUCGAGGAGACGGCCGUAUUCAGCGCGACGAGCGUCCAUCGCGUCACCAUCCCGAACGCUGCGCAGCUCAUCGAUUACCUCAUCACCGGCACGCUCAGCGCAUCCUCGGCUCUCCAGGCGACGGCGCUUCCUUCUGUCUCGGACGACGCGCAGGCGCAGCACAAGGUCGCGACAAUGGCCUUCAUCAAACAGAGGAUGGUCGCCUCAAGUAACGGCGUCACGCCCGCCGUCGCGGUUCGUCUUACCGGCGCGCCCACAACAGACACCACCACCCCAGCUUGUACACUGGAUACUACUACAGCCAAGGGCAUGAGCAACGGCUCAGUCCUGAAAGUGCAUGGGUACUCCGAGGGCUCGGCGGAGAAGCGCGCGCGUCGCCGUUCUUUACGGCAAAGUGGGGUCCAAGCCCUACUUGAUUGCCCUGCAGUAGCCGUCGCGGGAGUUGCCCGCUCGACGCUGCUGCGUCUUUUUCCUGCCGCCUCGCCACGCGGCAGUCAUUGUUUUCGCAGCUUUUACCGGCUCGAGCGAACGACGUCACGAGCCGUGCUCGUCUCUCUUUCGCUCUCUGAGCGGUCAGGCUAUGCCUGAUAAUUCGCAUUUCCUACUUCACUGUACACCACCGCGCCCCAGGGCGCACCAGCUUGUGAUAUUUCCUUGACAAUGCGCAACGCAUUGCUGCUUCAGACAAAUUGGUACAAUUUAUGCUGGUCUCCCGCUAUCACCUCUACAGCGCUACUGCGCGGCUCUAGCUCCGGCCUCCGCACCGAAACGCACUGCAGAAGACGCCUGCCGCUGCCUCGCCACCGAGCGUGCCCUGGCGCCUGUCAGAAUGCUGUCCGCCAUGCAUGCUUGGACUAACGUCAG